AUGGCUACCCGCUCGCGCUCAGCGGCGUCUUCUAUCGACGUACCCGUAGAGAAGAGCCGUGACGACGGGGCACAAUAUGGAGCUGCGGCUCGGGACCAAGCCCCUCAGAAGCAACAAGCUCUUCGUGGUCAAGAGAUUCUCGAUGAGAUUGUCCGCAACAAUAUCACCAGCAUCAAUGCAGAAACCUCGCCUUUCCUUCGUCUCCCCGCCGAGCUUCGCAACAUUGUUUACAAUUACGUCUUCAAAGAUACCCGCUACACAAUCGAGUCAAAAAAGUGGCGACAUUUAAUGAACAAGCUUGAGCUCUUGGAGGAGACGGAUCAAAACCCCGAAAACCUCGAUGAACAGUUCCAUGCGUGCAUCGACGAUGAUGAACAGUCACUUUGCUCAGAAUCUUCCGACGACAACGUUCUUGGACUGCUCCUUGCCUCCCGCCAGCUUCAUGCCGAGACUUCCUUGCUUCUCUACAAACUCAGCAUAUUCGAAUUUGAACUCGACUUACCUCAAGACGACGAAGCUGCACACGAGGCUGGUGAGUUGGACGCAGUGGUGCGAGAAUUCCUGCAUGAUAGGUCCGCAAUUCAGAUUGGGGCGAUCACUAAAAUGGAAAUCGUUACGUACGAUGAUGGCGAGAUUGUUGCGGAAGAAUCAGGAACCGGGGUCGAGUGGGCGAAGAUAUAUGCAGGUGGUGUUUUGAAGGACUCCGUGUUGAAGAACAAGCUCCUUGAUCUUGCAUGA